CCCCCCCCUCUUGCAACCAACAAUCCUCCGUAGCCACUUCCGACUGCUUCGUCAAACGACUUGCCAUUGAGGCCUUCUUCCCUCCCUCUCCCGUCUCACACGACCGUCUCAGCACGCCAUCUUGCCGUCCUCUUCUUGCCGCGAGACCCGCCACUCCUCGGCCGACCAGCCUGCACUUCGAUCAGCAACCUCAAACGCCCCUCCGAUCAUGACCGCAUCGAUCAUCGCAUAGCCAAGCUACCUCUCCCCCGCGGCGCAUGACGACAAUGCUCUUGUGCCCCCACACUACAUUGACGACUUGUCGCUUCUAUCAAAAGCUCCCUCGCUAGAUCUCGCCCUACCGUUUGCGAAUCAACGACUACGACUCUUGCCACCCUCACAGCAGACACCUUAUUACUGCUCCCUUCAGGUUGACGCUGGCCUUCCAUCGUUUCUCGCUUCUCCUCGACGCAGCACGCGCGUCGACGCACCCGCAGGAGCACUCAGCGAUAACACAUACCACGAUUAUACCCAGCUUGCAUCCCACAGCGUUGCCCACCAUGUCUAGGAACGAGCAUCGGCCCAUGAGCAUCGAUGCCAUGCUGGACAUGGAGCGGCAAGAGGUGCUUGCCCUACUCGAAAGCAAAAGCCAGGGGAGCGCCUCGCCGGAGAGAGAACGAAUUCGUUCCUCGUCACCGUAUACCGCCCCACCACGCUCCCCCGUCCGGAGCAUGCUAGACAUUGAGGAGGAGGAACCCGAUACUGUCCGCACCGCACCGGGCAAUCAAGCCCCAGUACGGAGCAUGUUGGACGUUGACGGGCCCGUCGCCACGACCCAGGCACCUGUGCGCAGCAUGCUCGACCUCAGCCGUCCGUCUCCGCCCGCAUCGACACAUAGGAGCGUCAGCCCUAUAUCACCUGGAACGGUCGAGCCACGGUUUGCGUCCUCGCAAUCGAUGGGCUCAAUCCACCCGAGGAGUAUGUCGGAUGCCGGGAUGAAACCAGGUAACCUCGGAGGGCGUUCAUCGUCACGAAAUGACCGAACUUCCGAGUAUCAGUUUUCCGGCAUCCUCUCACACAAUACUGGCGGGCCUGGGCAGACGAAGCGGAACAGCUCGUCAGGCAAGAGACUGUCUCACGGCAAUUCUCUCGGCGAGGCUCUUCGCGGAGCUGACCUCAGCAGUCUCCAACUCAAUGAUCGCGGGCGACACUCCUCCAUCGGUAGCCGUUUGGGACAGUCCAAGUCACCGCAUGGCCGCUGGGAGACUAGAUCACGCUCACCAGCCACUUUUUCGUCGAAACUGCCGUCCAACAAGACAGUGUUGGAUGAUGGACAGACCUUGGACCUCAGCAAUGCUUACCGCAGGCUGUCGGACGCAAACCUGGCUUUCAGCAGCGGGAGCCUUGCCAGUCUACCCAUGCGCAAGCGCUCCGAUGACGUCGGUGAGGGCCGACUGGUCAAGGAUUACCUCGGACCAGAUGGUGAACAUCUUGAUUCGAGCGACGAAGACGAGCCAUAUUCUUCCGACGACGAAGACCGCGGACGUAAGACGGCACCUAGAUCGCUAAACCCUCGCGCUCGCGGAGACAGUCGGGAUAGCAAGUCGCGGUCACCGUCAGGCCCAGCUGAGCGCAAGAGCCUGAGUUUGCUGGCCGCCGCCGAGCAAGAACGUAAGGAGGUGGCCUCGCAGCGGCCCGCCUACCAGUAUAGGUCAUUGAUCCCGGAGCCGGAGAUCAAGAUUACAAACACGUCUGGCGACACAGUGAAGCAGUCGAAGGGCGGAAUUCACCCACAGACGAGCUACGACCCGGGUUUGGCGUCCGGUGCACCGUCUGUUGUCGACUCAGAUGAGGAAGCCGACAUGGACGACAUCAAGCGGGCACAGAAACUGUCGUUUUCGAUGACGAAUAUUCUGACGAGCCCAGAGGCGCAUCGUUCGAUCCGGAUCAUUUAUCGCGGCGAGUACAACAAGAUUGUUCAGCAAGCGGAGGAUGAGAACCACCGUUUGAGAAAGUAUCUCGUCGCAACAGACUUGAGCGAUGAAUCCACGCAUGCGCUCGAGUGGGCCAUAGGAACGGUGUUGCGAGAUGGUGAUACCCUUAUUGCGAUAUACUGCGUGGAUGAGGAGACGGGCAUUGUGACGGGUGAGGGGUCGUUGGUGCCCGACGAACCGUCAGCGAUGAAGGAGCAGGCAGCGGCGAUCAACAACGUCACGAACUCGAAAAUUGCACCGGCCCCCGUCAGCCCGUUGAGAGAGCUGCACAGGGCCACGCCCCUGCACAUGCGCACUGGAUCUGGGGACACACCGACCUCGUCACCAGCGCCAUCUGCGAGGGGCGAUCGAAAGAGGGCGGAGGAAGAACGAAGCCACGCCGUCAACGACAUGACCGACCGAGUCGUGCGGCUGUUGCGGAAAACAAGGCUGCAGGUACGGGUGAUUGUGGAAGUGCUGCACUGCAAGAACCCAAGACACCUCAUCACCGAGGUCAUUGACCUUGUAAACCCAACUUUGGUUGUGAUUGGCAGCCGCGGCAGGAGUGCACUCAAGGGCGUCAUUUUGGGCUCCUUCUCCAAUUACUUGGUGACAAAGAGCUCAGUACCCGUCAUGGUAGCGAGGAAGCGGCUGCGGAAGCAGAGCAAAUACAAGCAGAAGGCAGUCAAACAAGUUAACAACCUCAGCAACCCCGCGGCGCGGAGUCUCGCGAACGCAAAGAUCGACUAGUGGGAACGGGCCCAAGGAACGGCAAUAGCGGAAGAGGCAACAAUGACUGACGAGCAAAGGCGAGGGGGAAUUGCCACUCAUUUGCUUCCUUGCUUUUUUUUUCGGAUGGCAGCUGUAACAACAGGUAUGAAGUAGCGAUACAGCGACAAGCAACGAGAACGGGUGACAAGUAGAUGUUGGGACAGGCUGGUGAAGGCGGCAUGGAUACACCUCUAUGGCUGGACAGGGGAGAUGGAAUGACGAUACCAUGAGGGUCGGGGUCUAGGUAGCGCCGCAGCUUGGCAUUGCAGGUGGUCCUUGUGCGGAGCAACUCUACUUCGUAUCACGGUGAUCCUUGUCUGGAAGCGAAUCCUGUGCCGUACAUGGUUGCUAGGCAUGGGUCGUACCUACAUACAAAUGUGCAUUCGAGGC